ACGCCGGCCCAUCCGGGUUCACCAAAUUGCGGAGCCGGCCCAGUCAAUCUCUCAUUUUCUCUUGCCAAAAUCCUGAGAUCUCGGCAGAUUGCCUGCCGCGUGCCGGGCCGACGCUGCCGACCAUCUCCAUCAGAGCCUCUUUUAUUACGGAAUAAUAAUUCUUCUUUUACACCUUCCUCUUUUCUUCCCUCUCCCAGCGUUUCCUCCUCCUGUCUCAACUCUGAACCCCCGUAAUAAACAAUCCCAAGCUCCCGAUCCCAUAGAGCUUUAUUCCUUCUCCUUUAACACCCCGGAAAACAAAAACAAAGUCCGGCUUACCAGGCGAGAGCUCGGGGGAGGAGCAGGGAGGAUGAUGCCGGGGCCGGGGGCGGUGAAGGCGGGGAGCCGGCCGCCGUGGCUGGGGCUGGGGGCGGCGGUGUGGGUGCAGGUGGCUGGGGGAGCCAGCUCCACCUUCGCGCUCUACUCGCACGCGCUCAAGGUCGCGCUCGGGGUCGACCAGCGCCGCCUCGCGCUGCUGGCCGUCGCCUGCGACGUCGGGGAGAACCUCGGCCUGCUCCCCGGCGUGCUCUGCAACCGCCUCCACCCGGCGCUGCUCCUGCUCGUGGGCGCCGCUGCCUGCGUCCUCGGCUACGGCGCCACCUGGCUCGCCGUCUCCGGCGUCGCGCCCGCGCUGCCCUACUGGCUGGUAUGGUUGGCAUUGUGCCUUGCUGCAAACAGUGGCGCAUGGAUGGGGACUGCCGUUUUAGUUACCAACAUGAGGAACUUCCCACUCAGCAGAGGUGCUGUUGCCGGCAUCCUUAAAGGCUAUGCUGGUCUCAGUGCUGCUGUCUACACUGAAAUAUUCACCGGCGUACUUCACGAUUCAGCUGCAAACUUUUUACUCCUUCUCACUCUGGGAGUUCCUGUUGUGUGCUUUCUGACAAUGUACUUUGUGAGGCCUUGUGAACCCUCUUUGGUUGCAAAUUCUUCAGAGCAAGCUCACUUUCUGUUCACACAAAUCGGGAGUGUCCUUCUUGGGGUUUAUCUUGUUGGGGCGACAAUAUUGGAUCAUGUCGUAACCCUUACUGAUGCUUUGAACUAUUCUCUGCUGGUUAUUAUGAUCCUUCUACUUUUCGCGCCAGUUGCGAUACCCUUGAAAAUGACAUUGUUUCCAGCUAACCAAAGAAAAGGCCCGUUGGACUUACCGGAGUGCUCUUCUGCCACUGAUAAUGAUCAAACCGAGCCAUUUCUUCUGCCUUCAUCCUCUGGACCAAAUCUUACUAAUCUGGAAGAUGAUGAUGCCACAGAUAUCGACAUUCUCUUAGCGGAGGGUGAAGGGGCUGUAAAGCAGACGAGAAGAAGACCAAAAAGGGGAGAGGACUUCAGAUUUCGGGAAGUACUGCUAAAGGCAGAUUUUUGGCUUCUCUUUGCAGUAUAUUUUAUUGGGGUUGGUUCUGGAGUCACCGUUCUUAACAAUCUAGCACAAGUUGGAAUUGCAGCAGGUGCUUUGGACACAACUAUAUCACUGUCUUUGUUCAGUUUCUGCAACUUUUUUGGCCGUUUAGGAGGUGGUGCUGCUUCUGAGUAUCUUGUCAGGUCAUGGACAGUUCCACGGACAGCAUUGAUUGUAUUGACCCAAGUUGUGAUGAUAUUUACAUACCUGCUAUUUGCGUUGGGUCUCCCUGCUACCCUUCAUGUCUCUGUUGCCCUACUUGGCAUAUGCUAUGGUAUCCAGUUCUCUGUGAUGGUGUCUGCUUCAUCGGAACUGUUUGGGUUGAAGCACUUCGGGAAGAUCUAUAACUUCAUCGCAUUGGGGAAUCCACUCGGCGCACUCCUGUUCAAUAGUCUUGCAGGAUAUGUCUAUGAUCUCGAAGUGGAGAAACAGCAUGCCGGAACAACAGACUUCGAUAUCGCUUGCCAUGGUCCCAAUUGCUUCAGGCUUACAUUUUGUGUUCUCUCUGGCAUGGCCUGCUUGGGUACACUUCUGAGCAUAGUUUUGACCGUUAGAAUUCGACCGGUAUAUCAAAUGCUCUAUGCCGGCGGAUCCUUCAGCCAGCCCAGGAGCUCUGGGCAUUGAAAUAUGAGCACAGUCCUCCGUUUUAGUGCUCUGGCAUUGCCAUUCUGGAUCCGGGUUUUUGCCUUGUUCAGUCUUGCCCUCUAGACUAUAGAGUGAGGAAUGAGCUAUGAUUUAUUUUUCUAGUCGCUGAUUAGUACUUAAAUGCGAUGAACCGCUGACGGCAUGAAUCAGAGGAUAUAAUAACUGCAUUGAUACGCCUGUAGAUAUAUGUAGCAGUCUGUAUUAUUCUUAUGCACCCAAGAUCUUGUGUUUUGAUUUUCAUGUUUUGAGAAACUAGCAAAUAGGCUCUCUGGAUGCCACUGCACACCUUGCGGUUUUGUAUAAUAAUAAGAUUGGAUAUCUCAUUGUUAUGAAGAACAUAGUCCAUA